AUGAACACAGCCUGGUCGAACGCUCAGAAGCCUCUAGCUCCUCAAAGAGAUACGUUAAAGGGCGACCAUACUGUCAUCUUGGGAGCAGGUGUCAUUGGACUCGCGACGGCCUACCAGCUGGCUCUUGCUCAUCAAGAGGCUGCCAACGCGACGACCAGGCCACACGGCAAGAUCAUCGUCGUCGAACGAGCCGCGCACAUCAGUCCUGCUUCUUCUGGUCAAGCGACAGGUGGACUUGGAGAUUUUGGUUUCGCGAGCGGUUUCGCUGAUUUAGGCGUUCUGUCCUACAAACUGUUCCAGGAACUUGCUCCCGCGAAUGGAACGAAGGAGUUCGGCUUUAGCGAGUCUAUGAUCUACCGCAUCAUACCAGACAACUUCACGGGUUCGCCUCAGUCACCUGAUAGUUGGGGUCCAAGUCCUCCUGUUGAACAGCCUGUGUCUGGGCUUCCCGAUUGGAUUAGAUCGAAGGGCCACUGGUCGGUGCAGCGUGUGGCUGUGCCCCCUCAUACAUCGCAUCUCGAUCCCAUUCAGUUCUGCCAGUUUCUCUACCAAGAGUGCAAGAAACUGGGCGUAGAGUUCAUCUUCAACGCGAAUGCAACAUCAGUUCAGGCGGCACCAGGAGCGAAACAUUUCACGAGCAUCCAGAUCAAGCAACGAGAUAACGACUCGCUCAAGAUCCCCUGCAGAAGCCUAGUCAUAGCAGCUGGCCCUUGGUCCCCACGCGUCUACUCAACACUCUUCCCACACGCGUCUUUCCGACUACCAAUGAACUCCACAGCCUCAGCCGGAAACCAUUUCCGCGUUCGCACACCUAAAUGGAAGCCUGAAGAUGACGAGAAGGGAAGUGAACAAGUCUUCUUUCAAAGCGAUGUUCCAGGUAGACAAGGCCUCGAUAUCACCAGUUCCCCGGGAGGUGAGUUGUAUGUCGGUGGGUGGGGAGCGGCACCGGAAGAACUUCCAGAACUUGCGGAGGAUGUGCACGCGCAGCUGGGUGAGAUUGAGAGGAUGAUGGAGAUUGUCAAGGGGUAUCUGAGAGUGCCGGAGGAUGACGAGUUGGAAGUUUUUGCGGUGGGGAGGUGUUAUAGGCCGCUUGCAACGUUUGGACAUCCGAUAGUCACGAGGGUUGACUGGGAGUUGCUGGGAAUGGAUGACAAUCACAAGGAGGUGGGCAAUCUUGAUGAUAGUCGGUACAAUUCCGGGGGUCUGUUCCUCAAUACGGCCCAUUUCGAUGAUGGUGUGACACUAUCGCUUGGAAGUGGAAAGGUGAUGAGCGAGCUAUUGUUGGACGCCCUCUCACCUACCAUCUACCAUCGCCAAAUCGAAAUCGCUGAUUCGCCUCGGAGAGCGGUCGAUCGUGCCGAGACGCAAGAAGGCGCCAUGAGUGCCAACACUCGAACAGAUAGCUUGCUGAAGGUCUUGAAAAAGCUGGCUGAAGCGGACCGCGGACCCAUCGUUGAGCAUCUCCCGCCCGACGAAGUGCGAAACGCAUUUCUACUCCUCCUUCGCGAGCAUGACGAAGUUUCAGUACCGCUACCUCAGGCGCUCGCCCAUACUUCUUUGGCCAUACAUCAGACUGUGCCCGCACACGAGCCGAAUGCUAUGCCCAAGAAGCGGGGCACUUCUGCAGCAACUCCAGAUGAAACGAAGCGAGCAAAGGUCGAAGCAGCUGUGCAGCAAGGCGUCGAAAACAUUGAAGCACACGUGAUUGUAAAGAAAGAGACGGAAAUAAUUGACAUUGCUAGCGACAGCGAAGAACCCGAACCCGAAGCCGAAGACGAAGCCGAAGCCAUCGAGUCUUUAGAUACCAAACAUGUACGCCAGCCAGUCGAUCUUCCGAUGUAUCUGCAUAUUCCUACUGAGUCGGGACAAAACAUUGUGAAGGACUUGGGUGAACUUCCCGUCUCAGUUGAAGCUGAGCUGAAGCGUCGGUGGAAAGUAAUGUGGUCGUCGCAACAGUUCAGGAGACACAGAUACGCGACUUGCAGUGGAUGUGACCAAGACAAGAUGUACAGCCAAGGCGGCGGGUACAGAGAGGCCGCAGACAACAGAUGCAUGAAAGUUCAGGAACCUUGCGCUUACAUCUCCGAGCAUGACGGACAAUACAUUAUACUCAUAGUACCUCUACCAAAGGUCCGUCGACAAGGCAAGGAUUGGAAGGAGCUUGGCUAUUGGGUGCUGUGA